AUGUCCCAGGAAGAAUGGAACGAAAUAAAAAGAAAUGAGCGAAUACCUGAAUUUGCUCCCCCGGUAGAAAAACCGCCUCCACCGUUCAGAAUGGCACAACGAGGCGAACGUGUUCCAGUGAAAACUUCAUUUGUGCAAUCGAGGAACGAUGAGCAUGACUCCGAUGAACCGGGAGAGGAUGAGGGUGGCUUUGAGCCGAUUGGACCACUUCCGCCCGAUCGAUUAUGGUCCGCCGAGCACAGAAUAGCUAAUAAUCCACUUCAACCGGACAGUGUAGGCUUGGGGCCACCCCCAUCCAGGCGAUUCCCGGACGAGGACGAGGACGUCGUCAAUAUGCCAACCGUUCCGCCGGGUACGGAAGAUAUUCUUUUACCGGAGCAACCGCAACGUGCACUAUUCUUCACCACCAAGAAAACGACGACAACAAAAACGCGGCAAGAGUUUAAACGCCGGAACUACGAGUCUGCUACUGCUAGCGACGAUAACUGGGGUGUUACAGGUCAGCAGCAACAAAAAAGACAUAAACCACAGCAGCAACAGCAAAAUUCCAUUCCCAUUCGGAAUGAAUUGAGUGAUGGGUCGUCGUCGGGCGAUGAAGAUGGAGCCAUGCCUCGGCAGGGUAACGGAGUUGAAAUUGCGCCACCACCCACGUGGGACUAUUACGGGCCUUCAUCCUCUUCUGGCGGUGCAGCAACUCGGCGACCGGCAAAAUCGACGGCAACGAAAAAUGCCUUGGAAGCAUCGAUUGAAGCUGGCCUUCGCUUUUUGCGGGAUCAAUCCGAUAAAGAGGCCCGGCAGCACGGUGUUGGUUACUACGCUUUUUCCACCGAUCGGGAGGAACGCACCCGGCAGCAAAACGAGCUGGACUCGAUCCGGGAGUCUACCCUGGAAGCCCAAAGGCAAAAAGACAACCUACGCCAAGCUCGCGAUAGAAUAAUUGCCGAUCGGGUUAAGGCGGCGAAAGCACGACAAAGGGCUCGUCUAGGGCUGCCUCCGGAACUGGAAGAAUCAGAGGAAAAGGGUGCCGAGAAGAAUGAAUCGGUGGGAAAAUCUGAAGAGGACAAUCAAUCGGCGGUAGGCGGAGAUGAUUUGUAUGACAAUACCGAGGAAAAAAAAAGGCUUAAAGCCGAAGCAAAGGCCCGCAAGAAGAAGGAAAAGGAGGAACGAAAGCGGGAAAAGGAACGCGCAAAACACGUUCGUCCCUGGGAUGCCGGGAAGGAACAGGACAUCGACAAGGAAUGGAAACCGGCCAAGGAAUGGUACGUUAUGUCCCAGGAAGAAUGGAACGAAAUAAAAAGAAAUGAGCGAAUACCUGAAUUUGCUCCCCCGGUAGAAAAACCGCCUCCACCGUUCAGAAUGGCACAACGAGGCGAACGUGUUCCAGUGAAAACUUCAUUUGUGCAAUCGAGGAACGAUGAGCAUGACUCCGAUGAACCGGGAGAGGAUGAGGGUGGCUUUGAGCCGAUUGGACCACUUCCGCCCGAUCGAUUAUGGUCCGCCGAGCACAGAAUAGCUAAUAAUCCACUUCAACCGGACAGUGUAGGCUUGGGGCCACCCCCAUCCAGGCGAUUCCCGGACGAGGACGAGGACGUCGUCAAUAUGCCAACCGUUCCGCCGGGUACGGAAGAUAUUCUUUUACCGGAGCAACCGCAACGUGCACUAUUCUUCACCACCAAGAAAACGACGACAACAAAAACGCGGCAAGAGUUUAAACGCCGGAACUACGAGUCUGCUACUGCUAGCGACGAUAACUGGGGUGUUACAGGUCAGCAGCAACAAAAAAGACAUAAACCACAGCAGCAACAGCAAAAUUCCAUUCCCAUUCGGAAUGAAUUGAGUGAUGGGUCGUCGUCGGGCGAUGAAGAUGGAGCCAUGCCUCGGCAGGGUAACGGAGUUGAAAUUGCGCCACCACCCACGUGGGACUAUUACGGGCCUUCAUCCUCUUCUGGCGGUGCAGCAACUCGGCGACCGGCAAAAUCGACGGCAACGAAAAAUGCCUUGGAAGCAUCGAUUGAAGCUGGCCUUCGCUUUUUGCGGGAUCAAUCCGAUAAAGGUGGACCCACAGUUGGAACGAAAAACAAGUGGACGUCCAAUGCAGACUAUUGACUACACAGUUAGAAAAAUCCUUGUAAAAUUACAUGCAACUGCAUGGGUAGAAGAGAAUCGGGUAUUUACAUGUAUCAAUACGGCUUAAUUCAUGUAAACUUCCCAUCGCCUUCAUCUGAUUUGUUUACUGUAAACCUACAUUUCCAAUCAUUCUUCUUGGUAUGGUUGUUUAUCCAAUAAGAAAAGCAUCGAUAUUUGUCGAUAAGAGAUUUUAAUACCUUACACAUACAUUUUAUAUGAUCCACACAAGAAAAAUUGGUAUUCAAUAAAUUUUCACGAAAACCGGAUUUUUUUGGUGCUAUUCCCCCGACGACGGCUACGGCAAUUGACAUGCUGGUAGGAAAAUAAGUUGCCAUACACUUGGAGUAACCCGAUCUUUCGUUGAAUUAAAGUGGGAUUUUUUCUGGAACAAAUAAAAUUGACAAUUUGAUAUAAUGAUUACAAUAAUUAGGAGGGUAUAAAAUUUUAUUUCUCACUUACUUGCUAUAAAACGCAGCAUGCCUUACCUCGAUUCGAACAGAAGCGAACAGCACACGAGCAGGUACAACAAAAUACGGUCGAACGUUGCGAACACUAAGAUUUACAUGAAAUUGCAAGAAAAUUGAUGAAUUUCGCCUUCGUCGGGAAUCCAAUAAGAACGAAAACAAAACAGAAUUGACAAACUGACGUUGACGCUGGAUUUCGCAUGCGGUGACAUGUAAAGUUCAUCUUAGCCUUUAGAUGUUAUACUCUUUUUCAUAUUUUUCGUGGCGAUGAUGUGAAAACGUGCAAUGUAAGAUUACAUUUUUCUUUCUGUGUAGGAGCUGAGGCUUAUGUGGGAGCAAAGGAAAUCAACACUUGAGUUUCUUUUUUUCUGUCGGUAGUCUCAUACCACCUCUACUUAGCCUUAAUGGGACUUAGCUGCUAUG